CCAAAGAUAGCUCCUGUCUCCUGACCUGUUCUCUCUUCCUCUUUUUUCACUUUGUUUGUGGACGAUGGGAUUUUAAUCAUGUGGAAGGUAGCUGAGAGGCUCUCCUGGUUUUCGCUGACUGUGCGCCUGGUUCCACCCGGCCUCCUGUUCUGAUUCAGCAUGGACGCGCUGGAGUCUGAACUGACCUGCCCUAUCUGCUUGGAGCUCUUCGAAGACCCGCUCUUGCUCCCUUGCGCCCACAGUCUCUGCUUCGGCUGCGCCCAUCGAAUCCUGGUCUCCCACUGCGCCACCAACGAAUCCGUCCACCAAAUCAGUGCAUUCCAGUGCCCCACCUGCCGCUAUGUCAUCUCCUUGAGUCCGGAGAGAGGUUUGGAAGGACUGAAAAGGAACGUAACCCUGCAGAACAUCAUAGACAGAGUUCAGAGAGCGUCUUCGUCAACUGGACUGCCGCUGGCGUUACCAGCUCCCCACAGCGGGCCCAACUCUCCCACGGAAGAAGGGAGCAAUCGUUUCGCGUUGGUACCGGUGAACGCGGCGAUGUCCAGUCCCGGUACGCCCCCGGAGCCCGUGCAGUGCCAGUUCUGCGAGCAGGACCCUCCCCAGGACGCGGUGAAGACUUGCGUGACAUGCGAGGUGUCGUACUGCGAGGAGUGCCUACGAGCAACGCACCCCAACAAGAAGCCUUUCACCGGGCACAGACUGAUAGAGCCCAUGCCGGAUUCGCACCUCCGCGGGUUACAGUGUCUGGAGCAUGAGGAGGAGAAGGUGAACAUGUACUGUGUGACGGACGAUCAGCUCAUCUGUUCGCUGUGUAAGCUGGUGGGGAGGCACCGUGACCAUCAGGUGGCAGCACUGAGUGAUCGCUAUGAGAAACUUAGGCAAGCCCUCGAUUCCAACCUGAGCAACCUGAUCAAACGCAACAAUGAGCUGGAGUCACUUAUGGGGAAACUCAUCCAAACUUGUCAACACGUAGAGGUGAAUGCAUCUCGUCAGGAGGGCAAACUGUUGGAGGAGUGUGACAUGCUCAUUGACAUUAUCCAACAACGCAAGCAAAUCAUCGGGAGCAAGAUCAAGGAGGGGAAGACUCAGAGGCUUCGUAAACUGGCCCAGCAGAUCACAAACUGUAAGCAGUGCAUCGAGAGGUCCACGGCACUCAUCACUCAGGCUGACCAGACGCUAAAGGAGACUGAUCACGCUCGCUUCCUGCAGACUGCCAAGAGCAUCAAUGAGAGGGUUUCCAUGGCGACCGCGUCAACCCAAGUGCUGAUCCCGGAGAUAACCCUAACGGACACUUUCGACAGCUUCGCUUUGGACUUCACCAGAGAGAAGAAACUGCUGGAGAGUCUGGAUUACCUCACUGCUCCUACGGCUCCGAGCAUCAGGGAGGAGUUGUGUACUGCGUCCUAUGACACCAUCACCGUUCACUGGACUUCAGACGAUGAGUUCACUGUGGUAUCCUACGAGCUUCAGUACGCCAUCUUCACAGGGCAGGCCAACAUCGCAAGCCUGUGUAACUCCCUGGAGAGUUGGAUGAUCGUGCCUAAUAUUAAACAGAAUCACUACACUGUGCACGGGCUUCAGAGCGGCACCAAGUACAUCUUUGUGGUGAAGGCCAUCAACCAGGCGGGGAGCAGGAGCAGCGAGCCUGGGACCCUCAAGACCAACAGUCAGCCGUUCAAACUGGACCCCAAAACAGCCCAUAAGAAACUGAAGGUCUCCCAUGACAACCUGACAGUGGAGCGUGAUGAGAGCACCUCGAAGAAGGGCCACAGUCAGGAGCGCUUCUGCAGCCAGAGCAGCUACGGGGUGGUGGGAAAUGUUUACAUCGACAGUGGACGCCACUACUGGGAGGCCCUGAUCGGAGGAAGCACAUGGUACGCUGUGGGCAUUGCCUACAAAUCCGCCCCUAAGCACGAGUGGAUUGGGAAGAACUCAGCUUCGUGGGUGCUCUGCCGCUGUAAUAACUCCUGGGUGGUCCGUCACAACAGUAAGGAGCUGGCGAUUGAACCCUCACCUCACCUGCGUCGCGUUGGCGUGCUCUUGGACUAUGACGCCGGAUACAUUAGCUUCUACGACGCCGUGGGCUCCCAGCAUCUCCACACCUUCAAUGUGUCAUUUGUGCAGCCCGUGUGUCCGGUUUUCAACGUGUGGAACAAGUGUCUGACCAUUCUGACCGGCCUGCCCAUCCCUGACCAUCUGGAGGCCGUAGAACCACACAGCUAA